UGACGACUAAAUUAGUCAUAUACCCAACUGCAUCUCAGCCAGCUGUUUAGUGAACUCAACGGCAAAAUAAAACACUUCUUUCGUGUUUUCACUCUUACAAGGAGCAAUAAUGCGACAGCGUUUACGACAGUGAAUCAGGACGAAAUUAGCGAAAAGACUUAAGAGUGAUUAGACCAGGGAUGGGGAACGUUGAUCCUGGAGGGCCACCCUCCUGCAGAGUUUAGCUCCAACCCUGAAAAAACCUGGAAAAAAAUACCUAACUGCAUCCUGAAGACCUUGAUCAGCUGGUUCAGUGUGUUUCCAGGAUCAGCGUUCUCCACCCCUGGAUUAGACAGAGGUGUGUGAGAAAUGCUGUGUGCACUAGAAGAGAAAGUCCACCCAAAGGAUAUCAGCAACGUCCAGUUAGGAAAUCUGAAAACUUUAUUCUUAAACAUCGAAAAGCGCUGCUCGCUCGCCUCCUGGAUUAAAGAAAACAUCAAGAAGAAAGAGUGCUGCUUCUAUGUGGAGGAUGGCAGGGAGGGGAUUUGUAAGUGUGGUUACCCAAAGAUCCAGCACUGCGAUGAGGCCAUCAAACCGGAGGACUAUAUGGGGGAGCAGUGGGACAAACACAGACACGUCAGAGAGGUGCCCACUGAUGCCUUUGGAGAUAUCAGCUUUGGAGGACUUGGACAGAAAACCGGGAAGUAUGUUCGGGUAUCGUCGGACACGUCCUGUGAGAGUCUGUACCAGCUGAUGACUGAACACUGGAAACUGCGUUCGCCGAAUAUGCUGAUAUCAGUGACCGGCGGAGCAAAAAACUUCUACAUAAAGACUCACCUGAAGGACAAGUUCCGCCGGGGCCUCAUCAAAGUCGCCCAGACCACAGGUGCGUGGAUCCUGACAGGAGGGACACACGCCGGUGUGAUGAAGCACGUGGGCAUGGCCGUGCGAGAUUACACACUCAGCAGCGGUUUGAUGGAGGGACAGAUCGUCGUCAUCGGUGUGGCACCCUGGGGAGUCAUUCACAACCGACACGCACUCGUCCAUCCUGAGGGUUGUUUCCCUGCGUACUACGCUCUGGACGAGCAGGGUCAGGGCCGUCUCUCCUGCCUCGAUAUCAAUCACACUCACUUCAUGCUGGUGGAUGAUGGCACUCACGGACAUUAUGGAGUUGAGAUUGAGCUGCGGGCGCGUCUGGAGAAACUCAUCUCUCAGCAAUCGCUGGGAAAUAGAGAGAGUGGAGUGACAAUACCAGUGGUCUGUGUGGUAUUGGACGGCGGUCCAGGAACACUAAACACCAUCUACAAUGCAAUGCUGAAACACACGCCGUGUGUGGUGCUGGAGGGUUCUGGACGCCUGGCGGAUGUCAUCGCUCAGGUGGCGGCUCUGCCCGUGUCAAAGGUCACCCUGGUCCUUAUCAACCAGCUCAUGAAGAGGUUUUUUGGACAAGAGUACAAAAGCUUCACUGAGGUGCAGGUCAUUGAGUGGACCAAGAAGAUUCAGGACAUCAUCCGAAUGCCUCAUUUGCUCACUGUGUUUCGUAUUGACGAGGAUAAAAACUAUGACGUUGACGUUGCCAUUCUACAGGCUCUGCUGAAAGCCUCCAGAAGUGAUGAACAUGCGGGCCGACAGUCGUGGGAGAGACAGCUGGAGCUCGCCGUGGCCUGGAACCGAGUGGACAUCGCCGAGAGCGAGAUCUUCACUGAGGAGAGCCAGUGGACGUCGUGUGAUCUGCAUCCGGCCAUGUUUUCUGCCCUGGUGGGCGACAAACCGGAGUUUGUGCGGCUCCUGCUGGAGAAUGGAGUGUGUGUGAGGAAGUUUCUGGAACACGAAGACACGCUCUGUCAGCUUUACGCCCACCUUCCCGCCUGCUUCUUCCUGCGUAAACUCGCCAAACGAGUCCAGGGUGGAAAAAUCCGCAGGGGUCAAGAGCCGCCGCCUGGAAGCACAAAGAUCUCCUUGAGUCACGUGGCUGAAGAAGUGCGCCACCUGCUGGGGAGUUUCACGCAACCAUUAUACGUCCCGUCGCGCUACAGGAUGACCAAAGAUGAUGUCCGUUUAGCGGUGCCGUCCAAAGGUCUGGUGGAUCUGCCGUGUUCGGGUGAAGAGUGGACCCCAGACACGGUUUGGGACCCGGGACGGGAUCUGUUCCUCUGGGCCGUCGUACAGAAUAACAGAGAACUGGCAGAGAUCGGCUGGGAGCAGUGCAGAGACUGUAUCGCAGCCGCUCUGGCAGCCAGUAAGAUCUUGAGGAAACUGGCGCAGGAGAGCGGAGAGGACGACAGCGAAGAGGCAAAGGAAAUGGGAGAAGUGGCCAGCCACUACGAGAAACAAGCCAUCGGUGUGUUCAGCGAGUGUCACAGCUGGGAUGCGCAGCGGGCACAGAAGCUGCUGAUCCGCGUCUCUCCGUCGUGGGGCAGAAGCACCUGUCUGUGGCUCGCGCUCGAGGCCGACGCUAAGAGCUUCAUCGCUCACUCAGGAGUCCAGGCUCUGCUGACUCAGAUCUGGUGUGGAGAGCUAUCUGUGGAUAAUCCACACUGGAAAGUGCUGCUUUGCAUGAUCUUCUUUCCUCUCAUAUACACCGGCUUCCUGACCUUCAGACGAGAUGAAGACAUCCAGAGACAGGCCGAGAGGACGGAGCAGCAGAAACUGGCCAUGGAUUCAGUCUUUUCUGGAAGCUCAGAUGCCAAAAUCAAACGGCAUUACCGCGGCUCGUCGCAGCAGUCUGAGCUGAAGCCUCUGAACUGUUCGUCUCGUCUGAUGAGUCUGUUCAUGUCGCCUCAAGUCAAGUUUUACUGGAACAUUGCCUCGUAUUUUGGCUUCCUGUGGCUGUUUGCCGUGGUGCUCAUGAUCGAUUUCCAGGCCUAUCCGUCGUGGAGGGAACUUCUGCUGUACGUGUGGCUCAUGUCGCUGGUGUGUGAGGAGGUUCGACAGUUGUAUCAUGACUUUGACGGCUCUGGUUUCCGGAGGAAAGCGAAGAUGUACAUCAGUGAUCUGUGGAACAUUCUGGAUGUGCUGUCAAUCAUGCUGUUCAUUGUUGGUCUGGUCUGCAGACUUCAGACCUCCGGUACUGUGUUCUACGUGGGUAAAGUUGUUCUCUGCAUCGACUUCAUCAUAUUCUGUCUCCGAUUAAUGGCCAUCUUCACCAUCAGCCGAACCCUGGGCCCGAAGAUAAUCAUCGUCAGGAGAAUGAUGAUGGAUUUGUUCUUCUUCAUGUUUCUGCUCAGUAUCUGGGUGGUUGCGUACGGUGUGGCCAAGCAGGGCAUUUUGAUUCACAAUGAAGACAGACUGAACUGGAUCAUCCGCGGAGCCGUCUAUGAGCCCUACCUCAUCAUAUUCGGCAACGUCCCCUCUAAUAUAGACAACACUCAGUUUGAUUUGGGCAGCUGUAGUGUGAACGGCUCUGAUCCUCUGAAGCCCAAAUGUCCCGUGCUGAACGAUGAGAACAUGCCGGCCUUCCCAGAAUGGCUGACUAUCAUCAUGCUGUGUAUCUAUCUGCUGUUCGCCAACAUCCUUCUGCUCAACCUCCUCAUCGCCAUCUUCAACUACACGUUCCAGGAGGUUCAAGACAACACAGACACCAUCUGGAAGUUCCAGCGCUACGAGCUGAUUAAGGAGUACCACAGUCGACCUGCUCUUCCUCCUCCCUUCAUCCUCCUCAGUCACCUCAUCCUCUUCAUCAGAGGAGUGCUGCUGCGCUACCCUCCACAGAGACACAAACACUUCAGACAGGAACUGGAGCAGACUGUGGAAGAGGAGCUGUUGUCAUGGGAGGCCUACAUGAAGGACAACUAUCUGGCAUCGACACGACAGGACGAGAGCCAGAGCGUGGAGCAUCGUAUCCAGGACACCGCAGAGAAGGUUGGUGUGAUGUCAGAACUUCUGGAGCGCGAGCAGGAGAUGGUUUCUGCCACCAUGUCAAAACGACUGUCCAAGCUUGAAGAACAGGUCUCGGAGUCCACCAAAGCUUUACGAUGGAUUAUAGAUGCACUGAAAUCUCAGGGAUGCAAAUCCAAAAUGCAGCCGCCACUAAUGACAGGUAAAAGCUCUGACAGGGAUGACGGUGAAUCCAGUGGACAGGAGACAGAUGAAGAAACAGCUCCUCACACGUUUGCACGUCAGCUUCAGUAUCCCAGCAGCACCGUCAAACGCUUCCCCGUGCCUGAGGAGAAGGUGCCUUGGGAGGUAAACUUCACACCAUAUCUUCCCCCAGUUUACAAUCAACAGGACAGCAGCGACUCUGACACUUCAGUCUUGGACAAGCACAGGAAUCCAGGAGGAAGGACUGGGAUUCGGGGAAAAGGAGCUCUGAAAUCCCUUGGUCCGAAUCACAUUCUCCACCCAGUCCUCACCAGGUGGCAUGAUGCUGAACACAAGGUGCUGGAGUUUCUCGCCGUUUGGGAGGAAGCAGAGAAACACUGGGCUCUUCCUGGGUGCUCAGCUAAACCUGAUGAGCCUCUAGCACAGUCACUGGAGAGGAUUCUGGGUAAAAAGUUACAUGACAAGACCAAGUCUAAACUAGAGGCUGGAGAAGAGGUGUAUAAUGGUUAUGUAGAUGACAGCAGGAACACUGAUAAUGCCUGGAUAGAGACCACCAUCAUCACACUUCACUGUGACACUGCGCUCAUGGAAGAUCUGAAUCACAUUGUCGAGAGCUCGCUGUCGUCUCAUCAGCCGCUCCAGUGGCGGGAAGUGAGCAGCGCCGCGUGUGUGUGUCCGUACCAACAAGAGGCUCUGCGUCAGAUAUCACAGCGUCAUAACGCACACUUUUGACCCUCAGGAAAACACAAACACACUCUGCACUCCUAUGUGUCUUUAAAGGUGUGUCAUUUCUGUGCCACAAACUGAGGAAGAUUGUUUCUGCCACAGGAUAAAAAACUAAAAAAGGUACUUGCGACCUUUUAUCUCACAAGUUGGCCUUAAUGACAAAAUUGCAAGAUAUAAACUCAGUAUUGUGAGAUUUAAACUCAUAGGUCUGAAAAAAAUCUGAUCAUCUAUUCAUAUUUAUUUAAAGCACCAAAAAAACAUGAAUGAACAUCAGAACCUGUUUUAUUUCAACGUCAAUACACACAUUUUUCAAGUUUAAGUCCACCGGCGUUAAUCUAGUCUUCUGUCUGAUUUGUUUGUCGGACAAAAUGGCGGAUUCAGCGUUAUGAUUGGUCAGAUCGCCUGUCAAUCAAACUCCCUGCGACGGGUCAGUUCUGAGUUUCUAUCUCGCAAUUCUCAGUUUAUAUCUUGGAAUUCUGACUUUGUUUCUUGAUUUUGUCAUUCUUGAGUUUUUUUUACGCAAUUCUAAAAAAAGUCAUCAUAAAAGUCCGAAUUGUGAGAUAAGUACCUCUUUAACAUUUGUUAUCCUGUGGCAGAAAUGAGCUUCCAUAUCAAACGGCAGCAAACAAAAUUGUUCAAACAAGUUUUUGGAUCGCAAUUUUGUUGUAUGCUGUUAAUGUUGCCAGAUAUGUCGCUCACUUUCAUGCAGAUUUCUGUACAAUCCAUAAGCCAUACAGUGAGCUUCACACAUAUGGUGCUUUGAAUAUGUUUUAUAAUGCAUUAUUGUAUUUAUUAGUUAUUUUGCACAGAAGUUUCGGUAUCUGGGUCAAUAUGAAUUUGAAUGUGGUUGUUGAACAUUUUAAAAUACAAAUGCAGGUACCAAAAAUCAAGUUUUUAGUUUGCAUAAAUGUGCACAGACUGUACUUUAUGCAAGAAAUAAAUGUAGUUGCAGGGUAAAGUAAGGACUUUUAUUUUGCGAUAAUGACCAAUUGGCUGUACAUUAUCCUGCAUAUUACAAGGCUAUUUACCAAAUAAAUAAAUGAUUAUAUGCACAUUAAAUAUUUAAACUUUAAACAAUAAACUUAAGUUGAGCCUUAUUUAUUAAUUUGUGAAAAGAGCAAGUUAUACAAGAGAAAUGAACCAAAGGUGCAUAAAUGCAUAUUCUGUACAUAUUUCAACACUUCAUGUAGCAAUAAUGCAAAUGCCUUUGAUUCAUGUACAGUGCUGACAGGGUUUAAUGGCCAGAUGGCAGAUUAGGCAGCAUUGCAUUAUGGGAUGUCAGCAGGCAGAUACAUUUGAUGAUAUUAUUUCACACUGAACAUUAACCUGCACCUUGCAAGCAAUUAUGCAAUGCCUUAAAAAUCAAAGCAAAUGCAGAAAUGUGAACAAUGAACUGUCCUCAAUAUAAGUUUUAAGUUACUGUGAGUCAGGUUUAAAAUAAACAUCUGCAUUGUUAUAAAGUAUUAAGACAUGAGAACUGAAUAAAAAAGUACUGAA